AUGCCGCACACCAACAACCUCAACGGCAAGUUCUCUCGCCCUUCCCGCUCUUCCUCCCCUCCCCCUCCUCCCGCCGACCGCAAGGCCAAGCGCGCUGGCCGCAAACCCGCCUUCCUCGCCAAGAAGCCAAAGUCGAGCGCCACCCCGUCCGCAAAGGAGGCCGCCAUCGGCUCUGCCCCCUCGACCACCGCUGCUCCCGCCGCUUCCGACCCGGCCAUCCCCCGCAACCGCACCAAACAGACCGAGCUCAUCCGCGCCUUCCACGCCAUCGAAAAGCAGCUUGCGAGCCCGGCCCUCACCGACCCGGACGAGCGCAAAAAGCUCGAGCAGGAGCGCGAACGCCUCGGCGGCCUCGAGACGUACCAGGCCGCCAGCGUCCACGGCGGCGACAAGACGCGCGGCGGCGAGUCGAGCAAGUGGCUCGUCAAGCAGAUCAAGGACCUCAAGAUCGGCGUCGACGACAAGGACAAGCUCAAGGCCCAGCCAAAGGCCGAGCCCACCAUCCUCGAGGACGGCACCAAGGUGUGGCCCAAGGUCGAGCGCAAGAAGCUCCGCCUCCUCGACGUCGGCGCCAUCGCCGGCACCGCCUACGAGGGCUACCCAUGGAUCGCCCCGACCUCGAUCGACCUCAACCCGCUCGCGCCGCACGUCGUCAAGAGCAACUUCUUCGACUUUCCGGCCCCCGAGAAGGACGAGGACAAGUUCGACGUCGUCGCCCUGUCGCUCGUCAUCAACUUUGAGGGCAGCCUCGUGAACCGCGGCCACAUGCUCCUCCACGCCCACUCGUACCUAACCCCUCGCGGCUACCUGUACAUCGUCCUGCCCCUCCCCUGCCUUACCAACUCGCGCUACCUGUCUCACGACCGCCUGACGGCUAUCCUCGACUCGACCGGGUGGGACGUCAUCCGCAAGCACGACUCGGCCCGCUUGACGUACUGGCUCGUCAGGAGGAGCGAGACGGGCCCGGACGGCGUCGAGUGGAAGAGGGAGCAGGUGAGGACUGGCGCGGGGAGGAACAACUUCUGCUUGGUCGUCAAGCCCGGCUCGCCUGUCGAGCGCGGCGUCCCAUCGACCGCAGCCUCGACCGCCAAGGGUGGCAAGGGCGGCAAGGCCAAGGACGGCACGGAGCCAGAGGUGGCGACGGCCGACGAGGAGUGA